GCUAACAGGAGAGCAAGUGAACCGCUGCUACCGAAACAACAACAAAAACAACAACAACAGAGCAAAACAAGCAAAACAAACGCAGACCUGGCUGCCCCCAUGCCUAUCGAAUUUGUUUGCAAAAUCAAAUUUGCAGAGGAGGAUGAGAAGCAGAAAGCCAAGCAGGACGGGGACACGGAGAGCCUGAUCGAGGAGAGUUGCGCGCGGCCGGUCAAGGACUUGGCCGGCUUCGCCAACUCCUGCUCUCUCCAUGGGAUUAACCACAUCUUUGUCUCGGGCCGCCUGGGCAUCCGUCAGACCCUGUGGGCGCUGGCCUUCGUGGCCUCCCUGGCGCUGUUCCUCUACCAGGCGGCCAAGUGUGCCAUCUCCUACCUGGAGCAUCCGCACGUCACGGCGCUGAAUGAGGAGGCCAGCCCCGAGAUGGUGUUCCCCGCCGUGACCAUCUGCAACAUCAACCGCUUCCGCUUCUCUGCGCUCACCGACGCCGACAUCUACCACCUGGCCAACCUGACGGGGCUGCCCCCCAAGAACAAGGACGGCCACCGGCCCACCGAUUUGGAGUAUCCUGCCCCGGACAUGCAGGACAUCUUUAACCGCACGGGCCACCAGCUCGAGGAGAUGCUGAUGAGCUGCAACUUCAGUGGGCAGAACUGCUCGGUGGAUGACUUCUCUGUGGUGUACACUAGAUACGGGAAGUGCUACACCUUCAACGGAAACAAGAACACGUCCCGGAAAACCAAACAGGGCGGCAUGGGCAACGGGCUGGAGGUUAUGCUGGAUAUCCAACAGGAUGAGUACCUGCCCAUCUGGAGAGAGACAAACGAGACAUCCCUGGAGGCCGGCAUCCGUGUUCAGAUCCACAGUCAGGACGAGCCUCCAUACAUCCACCAGCUGGGUUUCGGGGUCUCACCGGGAUUCCAGACCUUUGUUUCCUGUCAGGAGCAGAGGCUGACCUACCUGCCCCAGCCCUGGGGGAACUGCCGCUCCACCAGCGAGCAGAUGAUCCCGGGAUACGACAAGUACAGCGUCAGCGCCUGCCGGCUGCACUGCGAGACCCGCGAGGUGGUGCGGGAGUGCAACUGCCGGAUGGUGCACAUGCCAGGAACUGCAGAUAUCUGCCCGCCCAGUAAAAUCAAGUGUGUUGACAAAGCACUGGCCCUGCUCCAGAAAAGCACCGGGGACACGUGCCCCUGCGAGAUCCCCUGCAACCUGACCCGCUACGGUAAAGAGCUGUCCAUGGUCAAGAUCCCCAGCAAGGGCUCUGCGCGCUACCUCUCCAGGAAGUACGACAAGACAGAGGAUUACAUCAGGGACAACUUCCUGGUGCUGGAUAUAUUCUUCGAGGCUCUGAACUACGAAACAAUCGAGCAGAAGAAGGCGUACGACGUGGCAGGUUUAUUAGGUGACAUCGGUGGCCAGAUGGGUUUAUUCAUUGGGGCCAGCAUCCUGACAAUCUUGGAAAUACUGGAUUACAUCUAUGAGGUACGUCUGAUUUUAUUUUUCAAACAUUCUAUCAGUGUGCCACAACCGCUGGUGAUGAAGAGCAGACUGCAGCGUCUACUGAGGCCCCGGAAGGAGGAGAGCAAGAGCAAGAGCAAGCCCCAGACUACCACCGUGGCCACCGUGGGCCUGGAGGACAUGAAAGCGAAGGUACACGCGGAGGUAGAGUUGGUCUGUGGAGGCCUGUCCCUGCAGCAGCAGUGCCCUCAUUAA